UGUCCUGAGGGCUGAGCCUCGGCUGCCGCCUCCCAGGGAUUAGGUUAAGGUGCUCAGGGUGCCUGAGGCCUUGCUAAUUCCUGUCAUGAUCUUUCAGCGCUGCUACUUGUCAGGUUCCUUGGGCUCACCCUGCAGGGACCUGGGGAGGAGAGGGACCGUGCUUCCCACACGGCCGGUCAGCUCCAUGGCUCUGUGCACCCGUUGUUUGCCCUUCCAAAGUGAUCCUUACCCAGCUCUGUGCCUUGGCUACCUGUACUGCUAUCCCGUAGUCCAGUGCAGUGCUCUGAGCUGGACUGUAGCGGGUGCCCUGCUUAUCUGUUAUCAGGAAGAUCUGCGCCUGAACCGAGCUCCCCGGGGAGCCUCUGCUGUGUCCUGGGGCAUCGCUGGGCCAGGGUAAAGGCCACAGCUACCCAGCCUUCUUGUCACCAUCAUCCCUUGUGGUGUUUUCCUUGUCACUCACUCUGCCUGAAAUGACACGGGAACGCAGGGCUGGGGCCAGGGUGCCAAGUUCUAGGGGUGGCGCUGUUUGUCCUGAGCCUUCCAGGGGACCCGCCAGAGCUGCCAUGCUCAGUCCUUGCGGCUCCAGUGGAAGAGGACAGGGGAAGACUUGUCAGGUUGAAGCAGCUGAUGGUGGCUGGGGCAAACGUGGUGUGUAUGGUGUACGACGUGUCUGAGGAGGCCACCAUUGAGAAGAUACGAACCAAGUGGAUCCCACUGGUGAAUGGGGAGACUGAGAGGGGCCUCAGAGUCCCCAUCAUCCUGGUGGGCAACAAGUCGGACCUGCGGCCGGGGAGCUCGAUGGAGGCUGUGCUGCCCAUCAUGAGCCAGUUCCCUGAGAUCGAGACGUGCGUGGAGUGCUCUGCCAAGAACCUGAGGAACAUCUCGGAGCUAUUCUACUACGCGCAGAAGGCAGUGCUGCACCCCAUGGCCCCGCUCUACGACCCCGACGCCAAGCAGCUGAGGCCCGCGUGUGCCCAGGCCCUCACGCGCAUCUUCAGGCUCUCAGACCAGGAUCUAGACCAGGCGCUCAGUGACGAGGAGCUCAACGCUUUCCAGAAAUCCUGCUUUGGGCACCCACUGGCCCCUCAGGCCCUGGAGGAUGUGAAGAUGGUGGUGUGCAAGAACGUGGCAGGAGGUGUGCAGGAUGAUAGGCUGACCCUGGACGGCUUUCUUUUCUUGAACACACUGUUUAUCCAACGGGGGCGCCACGAGACCACGUGGACCAUCUUGCGACGCUUCGGCUACGGAGACACGCUGGAGCUGACCCCUGACUACCUUGUCCCACCGCUCCACGUGCCCCCAGGCUGCAGCACCGAGCUCAACCACUUUGGCUACCAAUUUGUGCAGAGGGUGUUUGAGAAGCAUGACCAGGACCGUGAUGGCUGCCUCUCGCCUGCAGAGCUGGAGAGCUUCUUCAGCGUGUUCCCCACUGCUCCCUGGGGCCCCCAGCUGCCUCUGGAGGUCUGCACCGAGGCUGGCCGGCUGUCUCUGCAUGGGUACCUCUGCCAGUGGACCCUGGUGACCUACUUGGACAUCCGGCGCUGUCUUGAGCACCUUGGUUACUUGGGCUACCCGACCCUCUGCGAGCAGGACUCCCAAGCCCACGCCAUCACAGUCACUCGUGAGAAGAGGCUGGACCAGGAGAAGGGGCAGACGCAGAGGAACGUUUUCCUGUGCAAGGUGGUGGGAGCCUGCGGAGUGGGCAAGUCUGCCUUCCUGCAGGCCUUUCUCGGCCGCAGCCUGGGGGAUACCAGGGAGUUCGCUGAGGAGCGUGCCGUUUAUGCCGUCAACACGGUGCAGGUCAACGGGCAGGAGAAGUACCUGAUACUGUGUGAGGCGAGUGCAGACAGCCUGCUGACCACGGAGCCCAAUGCCACCUGUGACGUGGCCUGCUUGAUGUUCGAUGGCAGCGACCCCGGGUCCUUCGUGCUCUGCGCUGACGUCUACAAGCGCCACUACAUGGAUGGGCAGACCCCCUGCCUCUUUGUCUCCUCCAAGGCAGACCUGCCCGAAGGCAUCUUGCCGCCUGGGCUGUCGCCCACGGAGUUCUGCCGCAGACACCGGCUGCCUGCCCCUGCCCCCUUCUCGUGUGUCGGCCAGACCAGACUCAGCACUGCUGUGUUCACCCGGCUCGCCGCCAUGGCCGCUUGCCCACACCUGGCCCCUGGCGAGCUGCCCACCACCUCCUUCUGGCUGCGGGUGACGCUGGGGGCUGUUGGAGCUGCCGUCACUGCCAUCCUCAGCCUCUCACUCUUCCGGGCCUUGCUGAAGAGCCGAUGAGGCCUCAGGGGCCCCCAGGGUGCUGGUGUGGGGGCCACCUGCUCGAGGGGCCUGCCUUCUGUCUGGGGACACCUGGCUCGCCUCCCUGCCUGAGCCCCAAGGGCUGGCCUCCAGGUCCUGGUAGCCUGUGUCCCUACCCAGCUGCAGAUGCCGAGCAUCACCCGCGUUGGGUGUCAUGUGUCGGAGGGAAUGGGUGUCAUGGGUGAGGAAGCCAGUGACCCCAGACCCAAGUAUUCUCAGGGCUCCACUCCUUUCUGGUCCCAGGCAGUCAGUGGUCAUGAAGGGGGUCAAAGGUGGGGGUGGGGGAAGGACGUGGUUGAUAUGGUCUCCCUCUCCUCCUUGGUUUGGAGAUGGGCCCAGCGCCUCACCCCUCCCGGAAGACAUGAGGUGGGGUCUCCUGAUUAAAAUUCACUUCUGUGUUUUGCACCUGGGA